AUGUUAGGCUACCUUCCAUUACGCCUGGCGUAUCUCUGUGCAGUUCUAGUGGGAGCGGCCUCUACCCAUUAUAUCGAUUGGGUGGAUUGCAGCAAGCAUGUUCCACCUCCAGCCACUUUCCUCAACACUACGAAUGUCAACCUAUCAUCACUUCCUCAAACUCUCCAUUGCGGCCGGAUUAAUGUGCCAAUGGAUUACUCGAAGCCUAUUGGCGUCAACAACAAUAUUACUCUCGGCCUGGCCAUGUACCGACCUGCAAAUCCUAAGGGUGUAAUAUUCUUUUGUCCCGGCGGUACUGAUGCAGGCGCUGCAGCUGCAUGGCGAGUAGCUCUAAACCAGACAGGACCCUAUUUUCCCGACUUCUCAGGCCUCGAAGAUUAUGAUUUGAUGAUGAUGGAUAUACGCGGCACUUGGAGCUCCAACUUACUCAACGUAUCUCUCGACACCGUCAGCUCCAUUUUCGUCCCAAACCCAACAAAUCAAAGCGAAUUCGACGCUACUAAAGCUGCGUCCAAGGCAAUAAUACAGUCAUUUGACGAAUUAAGUUCUCCACCCGGUAUCGUCCAGUUCCUCGGGAUAAACGAGGUAAUACAGGACCACGAAUCUAUUCGCAAGGCUCUUAAAUACGAAAAGAUCAAUUUUAUCGGGCUCUCAUACGGGUCAUAUCGAGCGCAACUUUACGCGGCCAAAUAUCCUCAUCAUGUCGGCCACUUCGUACUUGACGCUGUAGUUGCCCCUGGACUUAGCCUUGAUGAUCAAGCAAAUACUGGAAUUUUAGCUGGGAACAGAGCAUUGCUCCGCGCAGACGCUUACUGCCAAAACGACCCGAGUUGUCCCUUCAAGGCGCAAGGCAGAGGCAGUGUCCCAAAGGUGAGUGGAGGAUUGUGUCCUAAUAAACCGUUGUUUUUCUCAUCCCUCAACAUAGCUGUGAAAAAUUCUUCGCUGGAAACCUUCGCUCUCCAGUAUGGCAUCUACAAUGAGCUGCAGGACCAACCAAUAUUCCCUAUCAUAAACCAAGAUCUUGCGCAGCUGGCUCAGGGGAAUACUAGCAGUCUUAGCGGAGGAGGGCCGUUGACUAUAAACGAUGCCGUAGGGAUACCUUAUCUUUGCAGCGAUUAUUACUUCGGAGACAACACUUUCGCCGGAUUCCAAAAGUCCCUUCAAGCGGGUACAAAGCUUGACACUUACAAAAUCGGCCAAACCGCCGCCUGGAACAUCCGCAUGUACUGCGCCGCCUGGCCUUACGCCGUGGCCCCGCUCAAAACACUACACUUGAAAGCCCCGAUGCUAUUCGUGACCGCAGAUUUUGACGCCAGCACCCCAACCGAAUGGGCUACAAUCGCCUGGAAGACUGCCGACCAUUCCGCGCUGCUCGUUCGCCAUGGUGAUAACCAUACUACCUUCAAUCUUCCCGCCUCAAUCGCAACCCGGAUGGAAAAAGAAUUUCUGCGGACCGGUGUUCUUCCGCGUGUUCAGAAUGGUACUGAGGUUACGGUCUACCAUGCGGGCAUGUGUCGUGUGCCGAUCCCGGAUCCGUACGACGUGCCGACAGGCUUUGUCGCUGGAGAUUGUGCUAUCGAAGAUGAGUGUAACUUGAAUUGA